AAAAACCCUAGAACCCUAAAACCCUAAACCAGCGCACGCCGCACGCCGCAUGCCCCUUCCCCACUUUGAAAAAAUCCCGUCAGCUUCCCCUGUGUGAGCUGAAGCCAUUGAAACCCAAGCCUCAUCAACCCAGUGCAAACGGCCGGUGAAUGGUCCUGCAGAAGAAGAGAAAUCAAAAGAUUCCCCCAUUUUCGAUCUUAAGUCUGAUAUACAGUGUUAGGCUGCGACUGCUAGGGCUUAGAAGCUUCGCUUUCAAGGAAGCUUACGUUUGACUGGAUGCUAGGGUUUAAUAAGGCCUUCAUUUGCUAAAAAGGUUUCUUUUUCCUCAAAAAAGACAUCGCCAUCCCUUUACUUGAGCUGAAAAUGUCUCUACUGCAACACCUCUCCACUACAAUUUCUUCAUCUUCCUCUGCUUUCUUGGCCCAUUCCAACUUUAAUUCCAGGACUAAGAACGUUUCGCUUCAGGCGAAAAGAAACAGCAUUUUUAAAUGCGUUGCUGCGGUGCCGAAAGAAUCUCAGACUGCUUACAAGACAAAUGUCUCUCGCAAUGGAAACUUGGCCAAACUUCAAGCGGGUUACCUUUUUCCAGAGAUAGGCAGGAGGAGGGCUGCACACCUGCUGAAGUACCCUGACGCUCAAGUGAUAAGCCUUGGAAUUGGUGAUACUACUGAGCCUAUUCCAGAAGUUAUAACUUCUGCAAUGAGAAAGAGAUCACAGGAAUUAUCAACACUAGAGGGUUACAGUGGUUAUGGAGCUGAGCAGGGUGAAAAGUCUUUGAGAGCUGCAAUUGCUUCAACCUUUUAUACCAACCUUGGAAUAGAGGACAACGAUAUAUUUGUUUCAGAUGGUGCGAAAUGUGAUAUAUCCCGCCUUCAGGUUGUUUUUGGGGCUGAUGUUACAAUGGCAGUGCAAGACCCGUCAUACCCUGCUUAUGUGGACUCAAGUGUUAUUAUGGGCCAGACUGGACAGUUUCAGAAGGAUGUACAAAAGUUUGAGAGCAUUGAAUAUAUGAAGUGUACUCCAGAGAAUGGUUUCUUUCCUGAUCUGUCAGGUGUUGCUCGAACAGAUAUCAUAUUUUUCUGUUCACCGAACAAUCCUACUGGUGCUGCUGCAACCAGGGAGCAACUGACCCAGCUGGUAAAGUUUGCCAAGGACAAUGGUUCAAUCAUAGUAUAUGAUUCUGCUUAUGCCAUGUACAUGUCAGAGGACAACCCCCGUUCCAUCUUUGAAAUUCCUGGAGCUAAAGAGGUUGCAAUCGAGACAUCAUCAUUUAGCAAGUACGCAGGGUUCACUGGAGUUCGUCUAGGUUGGACAGUAGUUCCAAAGGAACUGCUAUUUUCCGAUGGAUUUCCUGUAGCCAAGGACUUCAGCCGCAUUGUUUGUACUUGUUUUAAUGGUGCAUCCAACAUUGCCCAAGCUGGGGGUCUAGCUUGCCUUUCACCCGAAGGUUUUAAGGCAAUGCAUGAGGUGAUCGGUUUCUACAAAGAAAAUACUGACAUAAUAGUAGAGACAUUUAAUUCGCUUGGUUUUAAUGUGUAUGGAGGAAAGAAUGCACCAUAUGUGUGGGUUCACUUCCCUGGCCGAAGUUCGUGGGAUGUAUUCAGUGAGAUUCUGGAGAAAACUCACGUUGUUACAACCCCUGGCAGUGGUUUCGGACCUGCUGGCGAAGGGUUUGUCAGGGUUAGUGCAUUUGGUCACAGGAGCAAUAUUUUGGAAGCUUGUAAAAGAUUCAAGCAGUUAUACAAAUGAAACUAGAUUCAUCUAGUUUCUACCGGAACUUUUCUUUGGAGCAGAAAUGGACACAUCUGUUCCCACCAUCAUUUGCUUCUAUUUCGGCAAUUCUUAGACCCAAGCAAGUUUAGCAUUUGUGAUGCUUGUUAGUAGGUUGCACCAUCUAUUUCAUCAAAUGUAGAAAUCGAGUGUACUUUGUGAUCUCUACUUUAUUUUAUCAUCAUAAAUUUGAAGCAAAUGUUCCAAUAA